AUGCAAAGGUUAAAAGAUUGUACUCAACGUUACCGUAAACAUAUAUUAAAUCAAACAGAGAAAAACUCAGGUACUAGUCUGCUUCGAAUAUUAUCAGCAAACGAAGAUAUAGAAGAUAGAUAUUGUAAUUGUGGUAUGCUUUAUGAACGACUAUCCAGAAUUCGUCAUUUGAUUAAUAUUUACAACCAUCUUAUAUUUGAUUUUGAAACACAUCAUUUAACAGUUGAACGACUGCCGGAUAAAGAAUCCAACUUAGAUUACAAUUCCCUUUUAUAUGAUUCUGUUAGAAGACUACAAGAAUCAAUUCCACAAGAAAACCCUAUUUCAUUUUAUCGUGUCAAUAUUGAGAAAUUAGCAACAGAAACAAAAGGAUUUAAUCAUGCAUCAUGUCAGUGCGCAUAUCCAUCAGUGAAAGUUGAUCAAUUUUCAUUUCUUGAUUAUACACAUUUAUCACAUGUACAUUUGGCAGUCGCUCAAAAUGGUGAUCAUGUAUUUGUCUUAGCUACAUAUGGUGGAAUUGCUGCAUUUUAA